UAUUGUAGCAUUCGUCAGUUGUAUUUUGUAUUUGCUAUAGUGAACAUUAGUUUGGUGAAAGUCUACUUACAAUGAAAUACGUUUUAAUUUUGUGUCUAAUUUCUUUGGUCACUUUUGCCCAUGGUGGAUUCCCAUGUGUUGGUUGUCCCACAGAAGUAAAGGGUAAUGAUCUUAAAAAUUCCGAAGAAGUUCUUAGCAAAUCCUUGUCUAAAUUGGCAGCUGGAGAUGGACCAGUCUACAAACUGGUUAAAAUCAACUCAGCCACUAGACAAGUCGUUUCUGGUUCUAAAGACGUAAUAAAUGCUGAUCUUAUGGAUAAUGAUGAGAAAAUUAAAACUUGUGAUAUUGAGAUUUGGUCUCAACCCUGGUUGAAAAAUGGCAUUGAAGUAACAUUCAAUUGUCCCGGUGAAGAGAAAUUGGUUAAGAAACAUAGUGCUAAUUCAAAACGAAAAUAUCAUUCAUCCUGGUCUUUGUUCGCUAAGAUAAUGAAAAUCGUUUUAAUUUUGUGUUUAACCACGCUAGCUGUGGUAAGUGCCCGUCCCGGUUGUCCCGGUUGUGUUACACGUCUAACGGGCAAUAAACUGAAGGAUGCUGAGGGUACACUGAACUUUUCCCUAGGUAAAUUGGCCGCCGAAGAAGGUCCAUACUAUAGACUAGUUAAAGUCAAUACAGCCACCACACAAGUUGUAGCUGGUAUCAAACACGUUAUAAAUGCCGACUUGAUUGACAACAAACAGCAGUCGAAAACUUGUAGAAUAACAAUCUGGUCCCAGCCCUGGAUGCCCAAUGGCACCGAAGUAAAUUUUGAAUGUCCUGGCGAAGAAAAGAUCACUAGGCGACAUGGUUCAUAAUUUUCCAUUUAAUAAGGAAGCUGAAAUGCAAGAAAUUAUGUAAAUUUUAGUUGUUCUAAAAAUAAAGACUGAAUGUUGUUUAAAACAGAAAUAA